AUGGUGCAAUGCCUGGAAGGUGGUCGCGAGCUGCGAAAUGCGGCCGUCUCUGGUGGCGCAGCUUUGGGCAGGUGGUCCAACGCACUUGUCGCUAUGCCCUCCAGAUCCACCGAUCCGGUAGAUCCAGUGGGCUGCAAAAUUGCCAUCAACUCCGUGGCUGAGGCCCGGCAAUGGCAGUUGGCUUUGGAGCUCCUUCGCAUGAUGUCGCUGGCCGGAGUCACGCCUACUCAUGCAUGCCUGGAAGUUGUGUCCCGAAGCUGUCGCCCGAAGCACUGGGCAGCCGCCGUUGGCACCGCUGGGCUGCUGGAGAUGGAGGAGAUGCAGCAAACUGUGGCCAUGGAGCUGAGGUGA